AUGCCCGUGCGGUCAUCGGCGCAAUGCCGGCCUGCAAUCCCGCAGAGGGCUUCGGCCGUCUGGAUCACAGACUCGAUGCUUCGCCAAGCCAUUGAGCACUAUCACCGCCAAUUCGCCGCUCCUGCACCCUGUCGACUGCUGAGUUCGCACUCUGGGCCUCUCGAAAGCCGUCGCCGCCAGCUUGGCAAGCGCAAUAUGACGGGAAUCAUGCCCUCGUCUUCGACCUAUACCCCGCUAUGGCACUUUGACGUGGCCUGGAUCCCCAGCGAAUGGAAGUGGGAGCCGCCAACUACAGUGGAGGAGAGGAAGAAAAAGAAGCAAGCCAUCAAUCCCUCGGCUCUCUUUGACGGUCUUAUCUCCUGGCUAGAGAAAUCUGAUGGCGACAGACCAUUCAUUCAGCCACCAGCAGAUAUUGUCGUCUCCAACGUGUCGAGCAUGUCGGUUGGAGAAGCAGCAGCAGUUGAAUUUCUAUAUUACGAUAUUCCCAUACCAACAGAGUUGCCACAAGAAUUAGUUACGUUACGGGCUUCUAUUGCUACUCUAGAGACGAUAAAUAGCGAGGCGCUAGAUCGGUUACGGAAAGUGUUUCGCCGUGAUCAUUUGCGCAGAAUGGAGGAAGCACUUAUUCCUGUUGAGGGACUGCGUUUGGCAAUGGAGCCCCUUGACCAGGCCACAAGAGACAAAUUGUCUGACCCGAAGAUGGCAGAUUGGCUUAUUGCUAGAAUUCGCCGUACCCUUCUGACCGGCCUUGAUGCUGCUCAAAAGACGACUUCUGACGAGGCCGCUGUGCAAGAACUUUGGGCGGCGUUUGCCACCAUUAUUUGUUCUUCAGGAGGCAGCUACCAGAAUAUUAGGCUUUUCAAACGCAUGUUGAGCUUGAUGCCGGACUCGAUCAAGAUUCACAUACCCACAGAUCAGAUAUUCAACUUGGCACAGUCUUUCGUUGUAGCUCAGGCUUCCAGAAGCAACCUUUCCGCAAGCUGGAAAGCCACAGCGGCUCAAUUUGGACAGGCACUCUCGAUGCUGCAUCCCACACAAUUACAAAGUCUGGAUGAUGAUUUUCACACUUUCUUUUCACGGCAGGAGAAGAACCAAGAGAGAGACCGAAGACUGCUAUUUCCAUGGCUAAUAGCCAAAGCUUAUAAUCCAACAACAACAAACCAAGAAUUUGCUCAAUCCUAUCGGCAUCUCACUGCGUCCCGUGAGACUGAUUUCCGUCACCUCCAGCUAUGGCAGCUUAUUGUCGCCAGAUUAAAAGCAACAGGAACCAUUGACGGCGAUCUACACUCCGAUGUUACAAGGAUCGAGUACAGCUCCCUAUCACAGCGAUGGGCAGCUUUGUUCUCUGCGAUUCACAGCCUUCCCAACGCAAGCAGUAUCCUGACUGAGCUCUUCAACUUCUUCAAGGGCAUCGGCCAAACCGACGCCCUCAUCAGCGCACUAUCAUCCCUUCCCAUCUCUCGCACAUCUAUCAACUGCGUUCGAGCACUAGCCACAACAUGCGACGACCAUAAACUCGCCUUACAACUCUACGAAGCCCUUCGGUCACGGCUAGGCCAGGGCGAACAAAUCACAACGUGGGGGUGGGAAGCAUGGGUUCCAUACCUAGAACGGAUCAUCAAAGAUCCCGAAAUCACACGACCGGUGCACUGGGAGAUCCUCAACCUACCCCGACUGGUGGCAACCGCGCAAAAGUCGGCUCCAGAUCCGGAGGAAAUCGCCCGCGAGAUCCAGGCCAAGAUGGCCCUCCUCGACAAGAUGGGCCAAUGGUACAUGGAGGCCUCGCACCUCAACGACCGCCAGGUGCUCCGGCGCCUGCAGCGGUGCGCAAGCGUCCAGCGAGCGCUAACAAGGAGCGUCUCGUCGCGGGUGCUCGCGCAGGUGACGGAGGUGGUCACACGAGACCUGCAAAGGGGCCAAUGGGGCAGGACGACGUGGCUGCAGUGGCUGUUGGGCAUGGUUGCGCAGAAACACGGCGACGAGCACGCCAGUGAUGUCUUGAAGACGAUCAAGGGAUGGAGGUGGAUGAUUGAUCAUCACCAGAGUCCUGCUGCUGCUAAUACUACGGCUGCUAAGCACGAGCCCAGGGACGCGUGA